AUGCAGAGCGCAGGAGCAAACAGUAACACAACCAAUAAUUUGUUACUUAAUUUUUCAAGGCCUUUGAAUGAGAAAAUCUUGUUGUUGCAGGUCCUGGUUGGGAUUUUCCUCUAUAUAAACUGCUUGAUGAUAUUCACAUUUCUGAAAAAGGAGGUUUUUAGAGAAGAAACUCGAUACAUUUUGUUUGCACAAACCCUAUUUGUGGACUCUGCUCUUAUGCUGUUAACUGACUUGCUUUCGGUGGGAACUUACUUUGAGUAUGCUAUGCACAUGAUUUCUUGUAGUAUCAUUUGUACAGUUUUGACCUUUCUUUCCUGCUGUACACCACUGACUUUGGUGGCAAUGUGUCUGGAACGCUAUGUGGCUAUAUGCAUGCCUUUGAGACAUGCUGACAUUUCUACAACCAGGACAAGAUUAUAUGGGCUUUUUAUCAUAUGGAGUAUCAGUUCUAUAAUUCCAGUGUUCAAUUUUAUAGGAUACUGGGCAGUAGUCCCACCUGCUCAGUCCUCCUAUGCAGUGUGUGCUGUAGAGCUAAUGUUAGGGGAAGCAUGGCAGGCAUAUGGACGUGCUAUCUUUUUUAUUAUCCUUUUUCUUUUUUUGAUCAUUAUCAUUGUCUUCACCUACAUCAAGAUCAUGAUUGCAGCUAGAGCUGCCUCCUCUGAGAAAAUGAAAUCAACCAAUAAGAGUCUCAGAACUGUGCUGCUUCAUGCCUUUCAGUUGUUUUUGUGCAUAAUACAGUUUUUAAACCCAUAUAUAGUAAUGGCAUAUUGGAAGGUUGAAGAAAUGAUGCUUCGGAAUAUAAAAUAUUCCAUGUUUAUUGUUUGUAUGAUUGCACCACGUUGUCUAAGUCCAUUGAUUUAUGGUCUCAGAGAUGAAAAAUUUUUUCAUGUUUUAAGACAUUAUGCUAUGUGUGGCUCUGACUGCCUUUUCUCAACAUUGCUUGAAAUCAAACAAUUGAAAAUAAGACCAACACUGGAUAUAAUAAAAUAA